AUGCCUAUCCGUCUGCCCACUGCAAGCCUCCGCUCUGCCGGCCACGCCGCCCGUGGGGCUAUGGGCACCCGUCCGGCCAGUGCCGUCGGCGGCAUCACCUUUGCCAGGGGGAAAGCUACCCUGCCAGAUCUUGCCUACGACUAUGGCGCUCUUGAGCCCCACAUCAGCGGCAAGAUCAUGGAGCUGCACCACAAGAACCACCACCAGACCUACGUCAACGGCCUGAACAGCGCCCUCGAGACCAUCGAAGAAGCCAAGGCCAAGGGCAACGACGCUGCCGCCGCCUCCGUCGCUCCCCUGCUCAACUUCCACGGGGGUGGCCACAUCAACCACACCCUCUUCUGGGAGAACUUGGCUCCCGCCAACAAGGACGGCGGCGGCGAGCCCCAAGGCGCCCUGAAGAAGAGCAUCGACGAGGACUUUGGCAGCUUCCAGACCCUCCAGAAGCAGAUGAACACGGCCCUGGCCGGCAUCCAAGGAAGCGGCUGGGCCUGGCUGGUCAAGGACAAGAGCGCCGGCACCCUGCAGGUCGUUACCCGUCCCAACCAGGACCCCGUCACCGGGAACUACGUCCCCUUGCUCGGCAUCGACGCCUGGGAGCACGCCUACUACCUGCAGUACCAGAACCGCAAGGGCGAGUACUUCAGCGCCAUCUGGAACGUCAUCAACUGGAAGACGGUGGCCGGCCGCUUGGAGAAGGCCUAG